AUGGAAGCUGCGAUGAUAAAAGAAGUCCUUCUGGAAACAGGGUGGCAGUCAUCUUUUUCAUUUCCAACGGCCUCAAAAGAAAACAUUCAACUUUUGGAACUUGUGAGUUUCCUUCAUCUGACAGAGACGAAGGCCAAAAUAUGCGAAACAACGGAGGAGUUGGAGAUGUACGUAGAGAAGAACAAGAAGCUUUCUGAUCACAUUUGCCUAGUGAAGAAUGAGCGAAAUCUCACUGAGCGUUUGAAGGUUGAGGUAGACAAGGAAAUUGCCGAUUUGGAACAUUCUAUCAAAAUGGCUGAGCAGGAAAACUGGAGGACCAUGAACGACCACAAGAAACUAAUUAACCUGAAAAAGAAACUCACAUCCGGACUUGGAGCUCUUGAGGAUGAAAUAUUCCUUAAAUCAAACGAACUGACCUCGAUCAAGACAGAAUUAGACUGUGACCAGAAACUCGUGGAACAAUUCUUAACAGAUUGCGAAAUGGAUUAUGCUUUGAAAAAGCGACUCCAAUCUAUAGAUAAAACCGACAAUACAUUAAUCCAGUUUCUCUUUAGUGAGGAAAACAAAUUGAACGAUAAGAGGAACGACCUUCUCAAGAAGCUGGACACGGUUGUGUCAAAAAAUGAGGUGGUCCAGCUACGCAUCGACACAACGGCUGAAAUGGGCAGGGAAGAGAACAGAAAUCGACAAGAGAUGCUCCAACUGUGGGAAAAGACCGUCAAGCAGUUGUCUGAUCGUGAUGCUGACUUUGUCAAAUUGGGAAAGGACUACGAUGAACUUCUUUCUGAUAUAAAAGAGAGGCGGGCAAAACUUCACGCGUUUGAGAAGUUACUAGGCAGUAUUGGUCAGGACAUCAAGGAUGCUAAGAACAGAUUCUCGCAAAUGAACAAGACAGCCAGUAACGUUCGCCAAAUGAUCUCCCAGGAAUCCAAUGAUGUCAUCGCUGUCGAGAGCGAAGUAAGAAUGCCAACAGUGGCUCAGGAGUUGCGGCAAGUUCGAGCUACCAACAAUCACUUGAAAGAAUCGAAUGCUAGACUGUCUGACAACUUACACAUGAUGGAGGACACUGUCGGAGUUGUUCUAAGGAAACUGGAAAACCUUAAACGGGAAAAUUUUUCUGCCGAAGAGAUGCUUAGUAUGGUGGAGGAGGAACUUGAAGCCGAGCUGCAAUGCCAAAACAAGAUUAACAAGAGGCUGUCGAAGUUGAAAACUCUCCGAUUCACCAUUUCGGAAGAAAAGAAGAACGUUGAGAGUGACUCCAAGACCAUGCAGGCACUUAUAGCUGGAUGCCAAGCGAGAAUCCGUGUAGCCGACUGUGAAAUCCAAAUGAGCCAAGCGGAAAUGGAUAAGUUAGAUAACCUUAUCUACAAAUCGUCGUUGGCAGCCAAUUUGUUGGAGCGAAGGAUCGCUCGAAUGGAGACACAGAACACUUAUGACGAGGAGGGUGCUGCUCUGGAGAAGAAAGUAAAACACAUGCAGGAGCAAUACGACAGCCAAUGCAAGUGUACACAAACCCUCAGCUCCAUGAUCGAACAGUAUAUGAACGAAAAGCGGGUUCUGCAGUUGCAGUCCGACAAGUUGAGAGCUGAACUUCGAAAAGGAACGAGCGAAAUGGACGGCCUCAAAGUGAAUCUUGCAAACACAGAGCGAAGCCUGGAAGGAGCCAUUCGAUGUCGCAACGAGCUACUUGUUUUUUAUAAUCUGUCACGUUACCAGUUACGAAGGGCCGAGGCGCGCUACAAAAUGACUGAGGAGAUCACUUUGAACGCGGAAAUCCAGGCCCGGACAAUUUCUGCCCUUACUAGAGAACUGGAAGAAGAGGCGUCUGCGAGGAAUUAUCACAUCGAGAUGGAAAUGCGGCAGACCAACUUGGACAGGAGUCGUGUUAAAUCUGAUCUUGCAAAACGCCAAUGUCGACUUGAGCAACUCAAAUCUAGGUAUGAUAUUGAAAUUUCAAUAAUAUCUGCAGAUGGAGACAUUGAAGCGGCCCCAACACAAGUAAUUGUCAAGUCUCUUGAAGAGCACAGCGAAUUGAAGGCGAAGGGCGACGAAUUGGACCGAGUCGUAAAAAAGGCAGAGGAAGAAUUGAGGGCGCUUGAGAACACUGUUCUUGUUAUGAAUUCGCUGAAUGAAUCUGCUCGCAGUUACAACGGAACUUCGCUUGAUUCGGGUGAAAUGAAGAACAAAAUGGUUCUGAGUGAGAAACUAGACGCACUAUCAGUCAAAAUGAAGGUUUCACGUGAGAAACGACGCGUCCUUCGAGCUUCUGUUCUUCGUUUCACGGUGGAGAUAAGUUCACUGGAUGAGGAAAUUGUUCAACUAGAAAAGACUGUGGCCUCACACGAAGCGGACGUUUUUCGAAUUAAAGGAAAGAACGAAGAACUCGACUCUAAAUUGGAAAGGGCAUUGAAAGUGCAGACGCUUGCAAAGACAAAAGCAGCUCGCGUAAAACAGCACGUAGAUUUGGACAUUGAGGUCCAACUUUUAUGCGACUUCAAUGAAUCCGUCAACCUUCUGCUCGUGAGGAGUAUUAGGGCCUCUCCUUUCACCAACGACCAAAUACUCAACAAGGCUCAUGAGCUCUCAAAGAGCUACCAACUAACAACACCCAUCCUGAUAGGAAGUGCAGACAACACGAAGGCCUCAGACAGGGCUUUAGAUAGAAACAUCAACGUGAACGCUUCAAGGCCUGGCCCUGUGAAUCGCGUGCCAGCGAAGGCCUUGCAACUGGACGCAGACGGCAUGUUCGGGGCGAUCCGAUCUCAAGCCAUAGCGGUGGAGAAGACUGCUAGUCGGUUAGUAGGCAGUAGAGGAGGCACGAAUCAAUCACUGAAAUCGGGGGUGGCCAAGCCUCAAAAAGUUGACUUACGCAGUCCAAGCGUGGCGUCAUCAACCACAAUUUCCAUUCACAGCAUCCGAUAA